AUGAAGGUGGAGAUGCAAAGGAAGCUUGCACAUGACAAGUAUGAGGCAAGCACCAGCUUGCAGGUGCUUGCCUUGAGACCAAACUCAAAGGCUGUUGCCUUCAGCAUUGACAAUGGCCCAAAGGAGCUGAUCCAGUGGCGCUUCAGUGACCAGAUCAACCGCCUCAUUGUGUUCAAGCCCAGUGGACAAAUCCUCUACACAAGCCAUUUGGUGAAUGCAGGAGACAAGGAGCUCUUUUGCCUGACGUGCUACAUCAAGAUGACAAACGCACUCUACUUUGGUGGCCAUGACCUGCUUGGGCUGCUCUUUGGUUUGCUCCCCUCCCACAAUCUUCAAUAUGGGUCUCUCAUUGUGGCUGGCAUGAACAAUCUCAACGCCAUGUCAAGGUGGCCAUAG